AUGGCAGACUGGUAUCAGGUGGACCAUAAUGACAAGUCUUACGUGGCUCAGGACGUUCCCAAGAGAAUAAAACAUAUCCAAUUCCAGCCUUUCACACCUAAGGACAUUGUCAGAAUAUCAGAGGUUGAAGUCUCCGUUGCCGAUCUAUACGUGAAUAACGAAGAUGGCAGUAGGACGACUGCGAAAGAUGGUCCAUUAGAUGGACGUAUGGGUCCUAAUGAAAAAGGUCGAAGAUGUCUUACUUGUGGAGAAGAACCUGCGAAAUGUGUCGGUCAUUACGGUUUCAUCAAACUCGCUCUCCCUGUUUUUCACAUUGGUUAUUUUCGUCCUACCAUCAAUAUGCUUUCUUGUAUUUGUAAAACCUGCUCUCGAAUACUUCUACCUCGACAAGAACGAGAAACUUUCCUACGACGUUUUAGACAUGCCAACAUCGACUCAAGACAAAGGACGAGUGCGAAUAAAUCCGUCUUGACUUUAUGUAAGAAACAAAACAUUUGUGCUCAUUGUGGUGCUGCCAAUGGACCGGUCAAGAAAGUAGGAGCUAUGAAAAUCGUUCACGAACCUUUUAGAGCGAAGAAAAUGGGUGCAAUGAAAGCGGAUUUCGAAUCAAAGUUCACCACCGCCAUCGCGGACGAUAUAACCUUGAAAGGCAAUCUUGGGUCUGUGGUGGAGGAUUUGAAUCCUGUCAAGGUUUUAGCUCUCUUCCAGAGGAUCACAGCUGAGGACUGUGAACUGUUGUCAUUGCAUCCUGAAGUUGGUCGACCAGAAGAUUAUAUCUGGAGAUAUGUGUCGGUACCACCCCCGGCUAUUCGACCUUCCGUUGCGUCAGAAUCGGGUAAUAACGAAGAUGAUUUGACUGUCAAGUUGGCAGAGAUCGCUCAUUAUAACAAGCUACUACAGUUGACUAUGGAGAGUGGGAGAGGUAUUGAACAGAUAAUGGCUAACUGGGAAAAUCUCGGGCAAGUGGUAGCUUUGUAUAUCAACUCACAGACUCCAGGUUUGUCUGUUCCGGGGAGCAAACCCAAUCGGGGUUUUGUCCAACGUCUCAAAGGAAAACAAGGUCGAUUCCGAGGUAAUUUGUCGGGCAAACGUGUUGACUUUUCCGGAAGAACCGUCAUCGGGCCGGAUCCUAAUUUACGAAUAGACGAGGUAGCAGUUCCUGAGAAAGUGGCUGUCAAAUUGUCUUACCCUGAACGAGUGAACAACUACAACAUCGUAGCAAUGCGUCAGGCCAUCAUUCACGGUGCCAAGCUUCAUCCGGGUGCAAACAUUUUGGAAAGAAAAGCUCCAGAUGGAACAACUGUUCGGACGGCGCUGCACAUGAUCAAAGAUGUUGAGAGACGGACCUUGGUGGCGAGGGAACUGAAAAUUGGGGAUGUGGUACAUCGACAUGUCAGGGAUGGGGAUAUCGCAUUGUUCAACCGACAACCUAGUUUACACAAGCUAUCUAUCAUGUGUCAUCGAGUACGAGUACGACCAUGGCGAACUUUUCGACUAAACGAAUGUGUCUGCAACCCCUACAAUGCCGAUUUCGACGGUGAUGAGAUGAACUUGCACAUCCCUCAAACGGAAGAAGCCCGAACUGAAGCUUUGGAACUGAUGAGCGUCAAGAAAAACCUAGUGACUCCUCGAAAUGGAGAACCUAUCAUUGCCGCCAUACAAGAUUUCAUCACUGGUUCUUUCCUUCUUUCCCGACGAGAUCGAUUUUUCAGUCGUCAACAAUUCACUCAAAUUUGUUCUUUCUUCUGUGACGCAGAUUUGGACAUUGAUAUCCCUCCACCAACAAUAUGGAAACCUCAACGUCUUUGGACAGGAAAACAAAUAUUCAACGUUCUCAUGAAACCAAAUCGUCGUUCUAGAAUCAAAGUCAAUCUGGAAGCUAAAUGCAGAACGAUGAAAGAUCCUGAUCCGAAAGAUCAUUUCCCACCUGAUAUGUCCCCGAAUGAUGGAUAUUUGGUCAUUGUCAAUAGUGAAAUCAUGUGUGGAGUGUUUGAUAAGAAUACAGUAGGAGAUGGAAAGAAGAAAUCUGUUUUUGGAGUUAUUUUACGUGAUUAUGGUCCGGAUGAAGCUGCAGCAGGAAUGAAUAGACUGGCUAAAUUAGCUGCUAGAUGGUUGGCAAAUCAAGGUUUCUCAUUAGGUAUCAACGAUGUUAUUCCAGGACCGAAAUUACAUUUAAGUAAAGAUGGUAAAGUUGAAGAAGCUUAUAAGUAUUGUGAUGAUUUGAUAGAAAAGGCAAAAAAAGGGUUAUUGGAGAACGCUCCUGGAUGCGAUCAAGAUACUACUUUGGAACAACAGAUUUCAGGGACUUUAUCAAAAGUUCGUGGUGAAGUUGGAGAGUUAUGUAUGCAAGAUCUUAGUAGACAUAAUGCUCCUUUGAUUAUGGCUACUUGUGGAUCUAAAGGCUCCGUCAUCAACGUAGCUCAAAUGGUCGCUUGUGUAGGUCAACAAAUCAUUUCUGGUAAUCGUAUACCAAACGGAUUUCAAGAUCGUUCGUUACCACAUUUCCAUAAAAAAUCUAGAAAUCCACCUUCGAAAGGAUUCGUUCGAAAUUCAUUCUACACAGGCUUAUCUCCAACUGAAUUCCUAUUCCAUGCUAUUUCUGGAAGAGAAGGUUUGGUCGAUACAGCUGUCAAAACUGCUGAAACUGGUUAUAUGGCCAGAAGGUUGAUGAAAGCUAUGGAAGAUUUAUCAACACAUUAUGAUUUAAGUGUUAGGAAUUCAGAAGGUGGAGUGGUACAAUUCCAAUAUGGUGAUGAUAUGUUAGAUCCUGCUUGUUUGGAAGGAGAUGCUACUCCUGUUGAUUAUGGUAGGACUUGGACACAUGCUUCGCGCAUCGCAUCCCGUGGUGGCAGAGCUUUAUUGCCAUAUGAAGUCCUCGCCAUUGCUCAACGUAUUUUCCCCGAAAGUGCCGAAGUCACCGAACCACAAACGAAGAGAAACAGACGUGGUAGAUCAACCAAAAAGAUAGUAUCAACGGAAAUGUUGACAGGCUGGGAAAGUUGUCAUGAUAAAUUCCGAGAAAACACUUUCGCCUUUGUCAGGGAUAAUAUCGUCAAGGUUAUGGCAGAUCAACGUUUGUCAAGAGGAUUACCUCCUGCGGACACAUUGGAAGAUGCUGAAGAGUAUGGUGAUUUGCUUGUUCCCGAUGAUUUCGCCAUCAAGCAAGUGUUGGACAAUACCAACAAAGUCUCCCAAGAUCAAAUCCGAACAUUCCUUGAAAUAUGUCGUAUCCGUUAUCUUCGAUCAAAAAUUGAACCAGGAUCCACAGUAGGAGCUGUCGGGGCUCAAUCGAUUGGUGAACCAGGUACUCAAAUGACCCUCAAAACCUUUCAUUUCGCAGGUGUAGCAUCAAUGAACGUUACUCUAGGAGUACCUCGAAUCAAAGAAAUCAUCAACGCCUCUAAAACGAUCAGUACGCCUAUUAUCACUGCUGAACUUGUGAACGCUACUUCUGAACAUGCCGCUAGGAUCGUCAAGGGAAGAGUUGAGAAGACGGUCUUGGGUGAUAUCGCUUCGGUUAUCGAAGAGUCUUGGAGCAAUGCGAUGGGUUAUAUAAUGGUACAUAUUGAUUUAGAGGCGGUACAGAGGUUGCAAUUGGAGAUAACGCUGGAUAGUAUAAAAGAAAGUUUGAUUGGAUCGAAAUUGAAGUUGACCCAGAGUUCAUUCUCAUUCCACAAAGGCUCUAGAAUCCAAAUAUACCCAGAAGUAAGCGGUAAAGGAGAUAAAACUGAAGGAUUGUAUGAACGUCUCAAAGCUCUCAAAAGGGCACUUCCGGAUGUUCAAAUCAAAGGUUUACCUCAAGCUGAUAGAGGGGUUAUCACGAAGGAUGAAAAGAAUCAGAAUAUCAAUAGGUUGUUAGUUACUGGAUACGGGUUGGCCGAGGUGAUGGGGACUGACGGCGUCGACGGCCGUAGGACCAAAACAAAUCACGUCAUGGAAACUGCAGAAGUUCUAGGUAUAGAAGCAGCUCGUACUACCAUUUAUAACGAGAUCCAACAUACCAUGCAAUCACACGGUAUGAGUAUAGAUCCUCGACAUGUCAUGUUAUUAGGGGAUGUGAUGACUUACAAAGGAGAAGUUUUAGGUAUAACUAGGUUUGGUGUACAAAAGAUGAAAGAUAGUGUUUUGAUGUUGGCAAGUUUUGAGAAAACUACGGAUCAUUUGUUUGACGCAUCACUCUUCUCGAAGAAAGAUGAAAUUCAAGGUGUAUCAGAAUGUAUCAUCAUGGGUACUCCCGCACCUUCUUGCGGUACUUCAAUGGCGUCUAUAGUAACACCUGCUCCUUUACUUCCAGGGAGAAAACGUUUGUUAUUUGAAGAUGCUUAUAAGAGGGGACAAGAACGAAUCAAUCGAGCGGGUAUGGAAUGGGAGUGA